CCGCCGCCGCAGCCGCCGCCUGGGCCGCCCCGUGUCCCCGGUGGAGCCGCCGCCGCCGCCGCCGGGAGCUCGAUGCGGACGGAGCCCGGGCCGGGCCAUGGGGAUCCUCAGCAUCACGGACCAGCCGCCCCUGGUCCAGGCCAUCUUUAGCCGAGAUGUGGAGGAAGUGCGUUCCCUCCUCUCGCAGAAGGAGAACAUCAAUGUGCUGGACCAAGAGAGGCGAACCCCACUGCAUGCUGCUGCCUACGUAGGCGAUGUCCCCAUCCUCCAGUUGCUACUGAUGUCAGGUGCUAACGUCAAUGCUAAGGAUACACUGUGGCUGACCCCUCUUCAUCGUGCUGCUGCCUCCCGAAACGAGAAGGUGCUGGGGCUGCUGCUGGCACAUUCAGCAGAUGUGAACGCCCGAGACAAGCUGUGGCAGACACCACUGCAUGUGGCUGCCGCCAACCGGGCCACCAAGUGUGCCGAGGCUCUGGCACCCUUGUUGAGCAGCCUCAACGUGGCUGACAGGAGUGGGCGCAGUGCGCUGCACCAUGCAGUGCAUAGUGGACAUCUUGAGACGGUGAACCUGCUCCUCAACAAGGGAGCCAGCCUGAACGUCUGUGACAAAAAGGAACGGCAGCCCCUGCACUGGGCCGCUUUUCUAGGGCACUUGGAGGUCCUGAAACUGCUGGUGGCGCGGGGAGCAGACCUGGGCUGUAAGGACCGCAAGGGCUACGGGCUGCUCCACACGGCCGCUGCCAGUGGCCAGGUCGAAGUGGUGAAGUACCUGCUCCGGAUGGGGGCUGAGAUCGAUGAGCCCAACGCUUUUGGAAACACAGCUUUGCACAUCGCCUGCUACCUGGGCCAGGAUGCUGUGGCCAUUGAGCUGGUGAAUGCAGGCGCCAAUGUCAACCAGCCGAAUGACAAGGGCUUCACGCCGCUGCACGUGGCUGCCGUCUCCACCAAUGGAGCACUUUGUUUGGAGCUGCUGGUCAAUAAUGGGGCUGAUGUCAACUACCAGAGCAAAGAAGGGAAGAGUCCUCUGCACAUGGCUGCAAUCCAUGGCCGCUUCACGCGCUCCCAGAUCCUCAUCCAGAAUGGCAGCGAGAUUGAUUGUGCCGACAAGUUUGGGAACACGCCCCUGCACGUGGCUGCUCGCUACGGACACGAGCUGCUCAUCAGCACCCUCAUGACCAAUGGCGCGGAUACCGCCCGGCGCGGCAUCCAUGACAUGUUCCCCCUGCACUUAGCUGUCCUCUUUGGGUUCUCUGACUGUUGCCGCAAGCUUCUUUCCUCAGGUCAGCUGUACAGCAUUGUAUCUUCACUCAGCAACGAGCACGUGCUCUCGGCUGGGUUUGACAUCAACACACCUGACAACCUUGGCCGUACCUGUCUUCAUGCUGCUGCUUCUGGAGGGAAUGUUGAAUGUCUUAAUUUGCUGUUGAGCAGUGGAGCUGACUUGAGGAGGAGAGAUAAGUUUGGAAGGACCCCACUGCACUAUGCAGCCGCCAACGGCAGCUACCAGUGCGCAGUGACGCUGGUGACGGCCGGGGCCGGCGUCAACGAGGCUGACUGUAAAGGCUGCUCCCCGCUCCACUAUGCUGCCGCCUCCGACACCUAUAGGAGAGCGGAAGCCCACACAGCUUCCAGCCACGACGCUGAGGAGGACGAGCCACUGAAGGAGUCCCGCAGGAAGGAGGCCUUCUUCUGUCUGGAAUUCUUACUGGAUAAUGGUGCAGACCCCUCCCUGCGGGACAGGCAGGGCUACACAGCUGUGCACUAUGCAGCCGCCUACGGCAACAGACAGAACCUCGAACUGCUCUUAGAAAUGUCCUUUAACUGCCUGGAGGAUGUGGAGAGCACCAUUCCAGUCAGCCCUUUGCACUUAGCUGCCUAUAACGGUCACUGUGAAGCCCUGAAGACGCUGGCGGAGACGCUGGUGAACCUGGAUGUAAGGGACCACAAAGGCCGGACCGCGCUCUUCCUGGCCACUGAGCGAGGCUCUACUGAGUGUGUGGAGGUACUCACGGCCCACGGUGCCUCCGCCCUCAUCAAGGAGCGUAAGCGCAAGUGGACGCCCCUGCACGCUGCUGCUGCCUCUGGCCACACUGACUCCCUGCACUUGCUGAUUGACAGUGGGGAGCGAGCUGACAUCACUGAUGUCAUGGAUGCCUAUGGACAAACCCCACUGAUGCUGGCCAUCAUGAAUGGCCACGUGGACUGUGUACAUCUGCUGCUAGAGAAAGGAUCCACAGCCGAUGCUGCUGACCUCCGGGGCCGCACUGCCCUCCACCGUGGGGCAGUGACUGGCUGUGAGGACUGCCUGGCUGCCCUGCUGGACCACGAUGCGUUUGUGCUCUGCCGAGACUUUAAGGGCCGCACGCCCAUUCACCUGGCCUCAGCCUGUGGCCACACAGCAGUCCUGCGGACACUACUGCAGGCUGCCCUGUCCACAGACCCCCUGGAUGCUGGGGUGGAUUACAGCGGAUACUCGCCCAUGCACUGGGCCUCCUACACUGGACAUGAAGAUUGUCUGGAGUUGUUACUUGAACACAGCCCAUUUUCGUACCUGGAAGGAAACCCCUUCACUCCUUUGCACUGUGCAGUAAUUAAUAACCAGGACAGCACCACAGAGAUGCUGCUGGGAGCUCUGGGUGCCAAGAUUGUGAACAGCCGAGAUGCCAAAGGACGGACCCCCCUUCACGCCGCUGCCUUCGCAGACAAUGUCUCUGGGCUCCGGAUGCUGCUGCAGCAUCAAGCCGAGGUGAACGCCACGGACCACAGUGGCCGCACUGCACUCAUGACGGCGGCGGAGAAUGGGCAGACUGCUGCCGUGGAAUUUCUGCUGUAUCGAGGGAAGGCAGACCUCACUGUGCUGGAUGAGAAUAAGAACACUGCCCUCCACUUGGCUUGUAGCAAGGGCCAUGAGAAAUGUGCCCUCAUGAUCCUGGCAGAGACCCAAGACCUUGGCCUUAUCAAUGCUACUAACAGUGCACUGCAGAUGCCACUCCACAUUGCUGCCCGGAACGGUCUAGCUUCCGUGGUGCAGGCCCUGCUGAGCCGUGGGGCCACAGUGCUGGCUGUGGAUGAAGAAGGUCACACCCCGGCCCUGGCCUGUGCCCCUAACAAAGACGUGGCAGACUGCCUGGCCUUGAUCCUUUCCACCAUGAAGCCUUUCCCGCCCAAGGACGCCGUCAGUCCUUUCAGCUUCAGCCUGCUCAAGAACUGCGGCAUCGCAGCCGCCAAGACGGUGGGUGGCUGCGGCGCCCUGCCCCACGGGGCCUCGUGCCCCUACAGCCAGGAGCGGCACGGUGCCAUCGGGCUAGAUGGCUGCUACUCUGAGUAGCCCCUCCAGAAUCCCUCUCCCUGCCGGUGGCUUGAUAUCUUAUUCUAUUUAUUUAGAAAAAGUCUAAACAUUUAGGGCACUUUAAAGGAGAACACGACUGGGUUGGGGGGCGGAGGGGAACAUGAAGCACUGGGGAGCAGCUGCUCACCCCUUUGCCGCACCACUGGCCUGGCAGGGGUCUGGGGCUGACAGGGAGCACCCCAGGCCACCCCUCUGCCAAGUGUCCCAAAAUGAUUGCUGAAUGCCUGGCUUCCCCUCUCUUUGACUCCAUCUCAGCUCCCUCUUUCUGCUGCCAGCUGCUCCCCCUCUUCCCUUGGACUCUCCCCCUCUGCACCCCCUUGCCCUGCCCUUACUGCCAGGCAGAUCCCCCCUCCUCUUCCAUUCCCAUCACUGCCUCCCUGCUUGGCUGGCCCCUCCAUCCCCGCAGCAGUGAGAAGCCUUAAUUUCUGGUACUGUGUGAGCACUCUGGGGGCGCCCCCUCCCCCUUCAGGGGCAGCUAGAGAAUGAGGGGGGAGGGUAUUUAGCACUGGGGCCUGGAGCUUUUCCCCCACUUCUGUACCUAUCGCCCCUAAAGUUCAAAUGCAAAACACUUGAAGCAGCGACUACUGUACCUGGGCCCCAAAUCCUGCACUCUUCCCCCGGCUCCUCAUAUGCAAAUCAAGGGCUGGUUCUGCCCCCACAGCCUGCCCCGCCCCCUCCCAUUCCUGGCCUGGCCCCCUAACCACGCACUUUAACCUUGCUUCUUUCUUUUUCUUUUGGGAGAGCAGAGCCUGUGGCCCUCCCCUCCCUGGCUCUCCUCUCCCUGAACUUUGAGGCUUGUCAUGAAUUUUUAAGUAAGCAUUUUGUCCUUUAGGGGAAGAAACAAAAUUAAUUUCCUGCCCAUUUCAAAACCAUAGCCCUAGUACGUCCUACCUGUUUCAGGCAUGUGUUUGCAUGUGUGGAGGGAGGGACUGUGUUCUUCCUCCUGUGCCCCCAUCCCAUAGUUCCUCCAACCCCCCUGUUUGCCUCCACCUUCCGUUAUGUCCGAGAGUCCCCACCGCCCCCAGUCACUCCUGAUCUGAAGCCAAAGAUGGUGGGAGGGGCAGGGCAGACCAGGGACGUGGCUGCUCGGGACCCAGGCUCUUCCUCUGGGGUGAGGAUGCAGCACUGACCUGGGGAGCAGCGAACAGACACUGAGGCUUGGUCCCUGCCUUCCCAGCAGCUGGGAGAGAAGGGGUUGAGCUCGGGGCUGCACUGAUAAGAUUCCUAAAAGUUGCAUCCCCAAAGCCAAACUGGGCUGGAAUGAGGAGGGGGCAGUUUUCUCUCUAAAUGUAGCAUUGAAUUUGGCCCUGGUCCCUUCGGAUGCCCUGUCCAUCCAUCUCCUAGUCAAGCCGCCUGGACAGUUGGACCUGCUCCUGUCGCCCAGUGUUCCCUUCCUCACACUCAAUACCUCAGCCAGGGACCAAGACCCAGAACUUGAAUCGAGGUCAUGCCCCGCCCACAGUGCGUCUUCGCCCGGUUUGGCUGUUGUCAGUAUUGCCCACCCCACCCACCCCCCGCCCAGAGAACUGGACAGGCUUCGUUUACACAGCGCGGGGCUCCCCGCGGCCUCCCUCCCCAACUCCAACUCGCUUUAUUUACGAUCUUAGCCAUUUUCCACUUGUGUCCCCUGAAUGUCUUGCCACCCUUGCCAGGGGUGGGCUGGGGGCGGGACGGGCAUCCCCAGGACUCCCCCGCUCCCCAGCAGACGCCCUCAACCAUACCUCAUGCUGGUUGCCGAAGCCUGGGGUGUCUGUCUGGGUCCUUAUUCACUCAUGGCCCCUUUUCAUCCCUGUCUCUCUGUCUUGCUUCCCAACCCUCCGUUCCUAAACCAUUUCAAGGCUUCCAAAUGACCAUUAUUGGUGAGAAGGAUUGUGCAGCUUUUAGUUUUCAGUUUUGUUUUCAAAGCCAAAGGGCCUUGCGAUGCCCCCUCUUGCCCACCCCCCACUCACACCCUGUCCCCCCCUCUACGACAAUCAAUGUGACCUCUCUUAAGGGCUGCAGCCCCCACCCCCACCCUGCUGGUUCUGCAAAGCUUGUCCCCCCAACUUCAAUUCUCUCU